ACGCGUCCUCGCGGACGGCGCGUCGUUGGUCUCCCGUCGUCGCGCGGCGCGGCGAUCUCGAGAUGCACGCGCGGCACGUCCAGCACGCGGGGGGCAUCGGGCAUCAUGAGAUGUCGCAGAGGAUGCCGAGGCACUCCUCGGGCGGCGGCGUGUCCGUCGGCGGGACGAUGACCGAGCUCAUGACGCCGAUGCCGCCGUCGCCGAGGAACCGAUCGCCGCCGCCGGAACUCAGAGGCAGAGAGCGCGGGGGGACGCUGAGCGGGAAAGGGAAGCAGAGGCGACGCCUUCGGAAGCGGUACCCCACGCUCGCGAUCCUCGCGACGCUCAUGGUGCUGUGGACAUUCUCCACCGCGAUUUAUCACGUCGUGAUGGGGUUCCAGAAGGUGUACAUCCGGUCCAUGUUCUUCAGCAUCGAGAGGCCGCACUACUGCCCCCCGAGCACGCCGGCGCCGCAGGACAUCGCGGACGACGAUCCCAUAGAAGGGUUGCCCCCCGCGGACAUGAAAGACCUCCCGUCGCCGAUCCCGUCGGGGAAACCCAAGGUUGGCAUCGUCUCGCUGUGCGAUCACAACGUCGACGCGAUCUGCUCCGCGUCCGUCGCGAACAAGCAGGCGUACGCGGACCAUCACGGGUACGACGUCAUCGUGGACGGCGACCUCAUCGACGAGUCGCGGCCGACGAGCUGGAGUAAGCUUCUCGUCAUGCGGAAGUACCUCCCGUAUUACGACUUUUUGUUUUACGUGGACGUGGACACGGUGAUCACGAACGUGGACGUGAAGCUCGAGGACGUCGUGGACUACGGGUACGACCAGAUCCUCGCCGCGGAUAAGAACGGCUUGAACUGCGGCGUGUGGUUGAUACGAAACACGCCGUGGAGUCUGUGGUUCUUGGACGAGAUGUGGGCGCAAGAGCAACUCGUGUCGCCGCGGACGUUUGUCCUCUUCAAGUUUGAACAACGCGCAAUGCACUUUCUGUAUCAGUCGCGGAUAUGGCGCACGAGCGUGAAAGGCGACGCGUACAAGGGCGCGAACACGAUCCGAGCGCGGACGAAGGUGGUGAACAGCUGCGUGUUUAAUUCCCUGCCGGCGUGGUACGUGAAGGGGGACUUUUUAGUGCACCUCGCGGGGUUGAAGGGCGUCGCGAAGUGCAUGAUGUUUCGGCACUACUACGCCACGGCGCAGAGCGAGAUCGUGGGGAAGUACGGGCGGCUCAGCGCGGAGGCGGACAUGCCGCCGCCGAGUCUAGGUACGUGUUUGUUCGGGAGUAUUUAGUCACAUUUUGGAAGUAGACGAGAGGGGGCGUCGGAUCGACGCGUGUCGAUCAGUCGCUGCGC